AUGGCGCCACUCCACAAGCUCAAGGUGUUAGAGCAAUGCCGCAUCUUCCCCACGCCGCCGCCCUCCGCCUCGCGGCCUUCGUCCCUCCCCCUCACCUUCUUCGACCUCGUCUUCGUCAACUUCCACCCGGUGCAGCGCCUCUUCUUCUACGAGCUCCCCGCCCUCUCCGUCUCCGACUUCCUCGUCUCCGAGCUGCCGAACCUGAAACGCUCCCUCUCCCUCACCCUCCACCAUUUCUACCCUCUCGCCGGCACGCUGACGCGGGACGAGAUUGCCUACUCCGAAGGCGACUUCGUGCAGCUGACGGUCGCGGCGAGCGCAGACGACUUCCGCGACAUGGUCGGCGACCACCCUCGCUGCGUCAGGCGGUUCCACCCUCUGGUCCCGGAGCUGAAUUCUCAUCAAGGCGAUAAAGGCCCCCGCCGAGACGUGCUGGCCGUCCAGGUGACCAUCUUCCCGGGCGCCGGCGUCAGCGUCGGCACGGCGCUGCACCACGCGGCGGCGGACGGCGCGAGCUACGUCCACUUCAUGAAGUCGUGGGCCGCCGCGCACGCGACGGGUUCGACGCCGACGCCGCCGCCGCUGUUCGACCGGGGCGCGGUGCGGGACCCGAGGGGGCUGCGGGCGGCGUUCGCGAAGGAGGCGGCGGCGCUGGAGGGCGACGGGAGGAUGCAGGCGUGGGACGUCGCGCGCGGGGGCGCGGACGCGGUGCGGGCGACGUUCGCGUUCGGGCGCGCGCGGCUGGGGGCGCUGGCGGCGGCGCCGCGGGCGCCGCCGGGGGCGUCGCCGUACGCGCUGGCGUGCGGGUUCGCGUGGGCCGGCGUGGCGCGCGCGCGCGGGCGCGCGAGCGGCGCGGAGAGGUUGAGGUUCGGGUUCGUGACGGGGUGCAGGGCGCGGCAGGGGAUGCGGGGGUGGGUGAGGAGGGUGUACGAGUGCGCGGGGGAGAGGGCUGUGACGGUGGCGGGGUCGCCGAAGCUGGGGGUGUACGGUGUGGACUUCGGUUGGGGGCCGCCGGCCAAGGUAGAGAUCGUGUCGGCCGAGCGCACCGGCGCGCUGGCGCUGGCGGAGAGCAGGAAUGGGGACGGCGGGAUCGAGGUGGGCGUCGUGCUGCCCCGCCGGGAGAUGGACGUAUUCGUCUCCUUCUUCGCCAGCCAGCUGGGCCACCUCUAAGUCAUGAACCACCUA